UCAUCCAACCAAAACACACUACAAUACACAUAGUUUCCCCAACAAAAGACCAUUUCCAAAAUGGCCACCAUCAUUUGGCCUCACCACUUCAUCAUGUUCACUGUGGCCGCCGCUCUACUCGUCACCAAUGUCGCCGGAGAUCAUCACCUUGAUGGAUACACACCUCCGGCUCCUUAUGCUCACAAAUCAUGGCCGCCGCCGCCUCCACAUGCUUAUUAUUACAAGUCCCCCCCGCCGCCGUCUCCCCACUGGCCAGUGCCGUCGCCGCCUCCACCUUAUGACCCUUGGUCACCACCUCCACCUCCUCCUUCAUGGUCGCCGCCGCCUCCUUCAUGGUCAUCGUAUCCACCUCCUCCGUACAAAUACAAGUCUCCGCAUCACCCGUCAUGGUCAUCGCCGCCACCGCCUUCUUCUCAUCAUGCUUAUGAGCCUGGCCAUGAUUAUGAAAAAUCUCCACUGCCUCUUCUUGCUCACAACAAUUACUACAAACACAAAUCUCCUCCACCGCCACCGCCGCCUCACGUCAAGAAGGAUCCUCAUCGCAAAUCUCCUCCGCCACCUUAUCACAAACACAAAUCACCAUGGAUGCAUCACUCCCCGCCACCUCCUUACCAUCACUAGAGACCGAACACGAUCGAUUUCCAGAUCAAAUAUGAGAGAUCUACAUUCACUUAAGAAAGUUAUAUGUUAUAAGUUCAUGCAUUAAAGGUACUAUAUACGUGCCAUAGAGUGAAAAAUAAGCAAUGUAAUGGUUACAAAAACUUUACUUUUUGGGGUUUCUUUGUUUUGUUUGUUUGUUUGUUGAAGUCUUUAAUAUAGAGUUAGAUCGUCCUCUAGUGAUGCUCUUUAUCAUGAUUCGAAUGUUGUACCUCAUUCCCCUUAGUUCUCAUUUGCAAUUAAUACAAGUACCAAACCGUUAUUAGCUCUCUCUAAUCUAUCUUCCUGUUUCUUAAGAACUAGAAGUUCCCGGGCAGGAAAGACACAAAUCAAGACCCAUUUUUUCCCAUUAACAUAGAUAGUAUAUAUAGCCGACAACUAACCGCCAAUGUACUUUAGAUAAAUAUCCAUGUAUGUAUUAACGUACUAAACAUGUUUAAAACUCAUCUAACUCUUUUUUUCUUCCCCUUGUUUGUUUGAUGUUUCACGUACUAACAUACUUAUAGAACAUGUUUAAUACAUGUUUUAAGGAAUUAAAUUGAAAAUUUAACAAUUUAUAUAUUUUAUAUUCACAUAUAUCAUAAAUGUCUAAUAUUUAAUAACCCAUGCCAAAAUCUUAAACAUACUAUUAUGCUAAAAUGACGUGUAAAAAUCCAGACAUGUAUAUCACAUAUUAACAAAUAUCACUAGAAAUUAAUUAUGAAUUCGUAUACCACUCUCCAAUAGCUAGUCAAAUUUUUAUUUAAGGUGGGUAAAGUUAUUAACUUUUACAAUGAUGCAUGCCAUGCUUUAUAAGCUAAAGUAGUAAGAAUGUCAUCAGUAUACCAGUCUAAAGUUCGUUAGUACUUUACCAGUAGCUUGUGUUCUAGUUGUGGCGUACACGUGGAAUUACUAUAUAAAGUAAAGUCUCAGCUCUUUAUUUCGUCAAAAUUGGUUAUGUAAGUGAAUUUAGUUAAUUCCACACGUGAUAAUGCAUUUUUUUUAUUAAUAAUAACUGUCGCCAACUCAGUAAAAACGUAAUUCUACGUACAUUUUGUGUAUUUCUAAAAAAGUGUCUAUUAUUGCCUUAAAUUCGAUAGUUAUGACUAUACAAGUGUAUUAUUUCAGCUAACGUAUUAACAUUAAUUGAUUUAUAGAAUAUCUUGAGUUUCCAAUACAUACACAUUUUUAUUGUCAUAUUGGAUAUAGUGAACUGAAAACAAAAUGGGCGCAGUAAUUAAUGGAAUAAUUAAGGGGAAAUUAAUUAAGCUCUUGAAUAAUUAUAGUUAGAUUUGAUAUGUUUAUGUUGCCCGAUUUCCUUUAAUCACUUUCCAACUUAAGCUUUAUCGCUUGACUGUUCUAACUAGUUAUUGAAUGGUGCCGGUUGGUCAUUUCAUAGUUAAGGUAUAAACGGCGAUCAUGAAUCAAACAAAUAUGGGAGCGACGAUGGUUCCUAUGCAUGGACAUGGUUCACGACGUUGGACCCUUUCAAAGUAUAUUAUGGUACGAUGGGUUAUAUGUAUAAUAUGUUCCUCUACUAUGAUGUUUUAUCAAAAUUGUCUUUUUAUUAUUUUUUACAUCAAACAUGCCCCUGUACUUUGUAAAAAUGAUCAAACAUGCCCUUUUGUUUAAAUUUUCAUCCAAAAAUCAUUAACUAAGGUCGAACUUUGGUCUGGGUGGCACAAAUGUCUAAAAUAUCCCUAAUAAUUUUACUUUAGAAUUUUCUUGUUCUUUUGUAUAGCCAAAUAAUUCAAAUAAUUUCACUUUGAAGAGACCCAGAGAAAUAAAACGGGAGACAAAACUGACAUCAUCGCUCCCAUUUGUCGAUGCCGGGUCGUCUAAAUUUCGGUUCAACCAUGAUUGACGAUUUUUUCAAUGGAAAUUUUGAUAGAAGGAUAUGUUUGAUAAUUUUUUCAAAGUACAGGAUCAUGUUUGAUGUAAAAAAUAGUAAAUGACAUGUUUGAUA